AUGCGGGGGCACGAGCACGUAAUGGAAGUCGAAGAACAUUUCGAGGACCAGUACUGCCACUAUUGCGUUUUCGAACUAUGUCGAGGAGGGGAUCUGCUCGAAGCUUUGAAGCAGAAGCCAAUGGGCUUCGACGAGCGGCACGCGCAGUUCCUAAUUCGCCAGGCAGUAUUGGGCCUCUCUCAUUUGCACGAGCGAGGAGUAGCGAUGCAGGAUGUCUCUUUGGAGAACAUGCUCCUGAACAUCAACCCUGGUUCCGGCCAUUGGCAGGUUAAAAUCUGCGACCCUGGCCAGGCCGUGCGUUUCCAGACGGACUCCAAUGGCCAGGAGAAACCGGUAGCCUUCCAUGGGCUCGUUGGAAAGUCGUUCCGCCCACCGGAGCUGCAUGACCACAAGCCAUACCUGGCGACCAAAGUGGACUCUUGGUGCUUGGGUUGGAGCACAUUCUACUUGCUCACGGCGCAGCCACUGUUCAUGAGCGCAGACCCCGCCCUCAAGGACAGCGAUUGGCAGCUCUUCAAGAGCGGAAAGUUUGAUGAGCUCUUCAAGACCAAAUCGCCCAAUUUUUCGCCAACGGGCAUUGACUUCAUCUUCAAAUUGCUGCAAUUUGAGCCUUCGAAGCGGAUGUCCAUCGCAGAUGCCUGCACUUUGGCAGAGUAA